CCUCGACCUUCGAGAAGAUGCGGAUGGGUGCCAUGAUGGGAUCCACUGUCGGUGGUAUCAUGGGCUUCAUAAUCGGAACCGUCACCAUCUUCCAGUACGGCGCCGGCCCCAACGGCGUGAUGCGCACUCUGGGUAAAUACAUGCUUGGUUCUGGCGCCACUUUCGGCCUCUUCAUGUCUAUCGGUAGCGUUAUCCGUACCGAAGGCCCUCACAACGACGCCUGGCUCCGCGCCCGGGGACCCCCGAUGAUGCUCCCCCGCCAAAGCCCUCUGCGCGCCGCCCGCGACUAAAGGCUGAGAUGAAGCGAUCCGGUCACAUCAAUUGGAAGGAAUGGGAUUGAGUGGACGGAACGAGACUGUACAAUAGCAUAUCCUGGGUCAUUCGACAAUGGUCGAGGAGUAAUCAACGAGACGCCGAGACGAAGCAAAGCACUGCUGACAGUAUAAUGUACAUAACUGAAAAAGGGCGGCUCGGAGCCGCCCAUAGUCAACCGAUGCGAUGCCGCGUACGGAGGCGUGAUAACAAGGUUGAGUUAAUCGUUAAUGGAGGUCACGAAUGAUGAUAGCAAGAACUGCAGGCAAUGCAGCUUGUCCUAUGGUUUGCAGGGCAAUCGUACACCCAGACUGCGUUGCAUACUACAUCCGAGGCGCAUCCCAGGCACGCAAUGCCCCGAGUACAGAGUAACCAAACAGCAAAUCUAGUUGAAUCCAGAAUACC